UCCAAAUAAAUACGCUUGGCUUGGCGUGUAUUACUCUUCCCUGCAUUUAUAGUAUAAAUUUUCACUCUUUCCUUACGAAAUUAAACUGCUUAUAACAGAAUUUCGGUUUCCUCGCAUUUCUGUCUUAUACGUUUCUUCAAAAUUAUUACAGAACCCAAGUAAUGACGUCAGCUCAGAUUUCCGAAUCUGAUCAACUACACCUCCUCCAAAAACUCCAUAUUUUCAAGAUCCACGGCAAAGAUAAACGCGGCCACAGGAUUCUUCGCAUUAUCGGAAAAUUCUUCGCCGCUCGGUUUUUGAGCGUUGACGUUUUGAACAAUUUUCUGGAGGAGUAUAUAUUUCCGAGGCUCGGAAAGAAGCCGUUUUCAGUGUUGUACGUUCACACUGGGGUUCAAAGGAGUGAGAACUUUCCCGGAAUCUCAGCCCUGCGAUCAAUCUACGAUGCGAUCCCCUUCAACGUCAAGGAUAAUCUACAAGCCGUUUACUUUGUGCACCCUGGCCUCCAGGCUCGGCUCUUCCUUGCCACCUUUGGCCGCCUUCUCUUCAGCGGCGGGUUGUACGGGAAAUUGAGAUACGUGAACAGGGUGGAUUAUCUAUGGGAGCAUGUGAGGAGGAAGGAGAUCGAGAUUCCUGAUUUUGUGUAUGAUCAUGACGAAGAUUUGGAGUACCGUCCGAUGAUGGACUAUGGAUUGGAGAGUGAUCACCCUAGGGUCUACGGUGCACCCUCAGUUGACUCACCUUCUGUCUCCAUGUACUCGAUGAGGUGCAUCUCAUAGAUAUUAUGAUAGAUGCUACUAACUAAUAGUUCUUUUAUUAUUAUUUUUUUCUUUGGAGUGAUCUUAGCGUUGAGGUUUGUGAAUAUUUGUAAAAAAGAAUAUGUUGUGGGUGAGUACUGAAAGCUUCAAGCAGCGUUUAGUGGUAAAGAGAGAAAAAGAAAAAUGGAGGGAGAGGUUGUGAAAAAUAUGCAUAUGGAAUUUGGAAAAAAAAAACAAAAAAACAUUUUCAGUCAUCGUGUAAUAGCGAUGUUUACAUGAAUGAUUUAAUCAUUCUAGUUAUAGUAUCAUCUCCCCCAUUUUAAGUUCACAUUUGUAUAAUGAUUUAAUCAUUCUAGUUAUAAUGAUUUAGAGGACAGAAAUUUUAA